GAGAUGGGAGCGUUAGCUCGGGUACACGAAUCCCCCCCAACAAUAUCUUCAUAUCCGGUUACUGUCCUUUGAAGAUCCCGUCGAGCACUUUUCCUUCGAGAAAAACCAACGUCAAACGGAAGGACCUGGAUCACAGCGGACGACGGUGGCGAACACCGCACCUAGUCCUGCAAACAUGCCGAGCUCAAUGGGGACAAGGCCGCUGACGUCGGCUUUUGAGAGCCCGACAUUUGGGGAAGAUAGCUCUUUCCGCGUGGAACAACCUGUUGGAUCCAUGUCCAUAUCACCAUGCGGCCGCGACGUGGUACUUGCGUCCAAAGAGGGGUUGCAUGUCAUUGACCUUGACUCGCCAUAUUCCCCACCUCGGUAUCUUCCUCAUCAUACCCCGUGGGAGGUUGCGGACGUCCAAUGGUCUCCUUUCGCUGCUCGUGACUACUGGGUGGUGAGCACGUCGAACCAGAAAGCGUUGGUGUGGAAUCUGGCCAUGAAGACCUGGCAGAACUCCAUCGAAUAUGUUCUUCACGCCCACUCGCGAGCCAUCACUGAUAUUAACUUCCACGCUCACCAUCCAGAUGUCCUGGCGACUUGUGCGGUGGAUAGCUUUGUGCAUUGCUGGGAUCUUCGAGUCCCCGCCAGGCCUGCAAUCUCCUUCUCUGACUGGUUUGCUGGCGCCACCCAAGUCAAAUGGAAUAGACAAGACCCACACGUCAUUGCGAGCUCUCAUGAUAGAUUUCUCCGAAUCUGGGAUGACAGAAUGGGUGCUUCUCCUUUACGAUCCAUUGAAGCUCACACAACCAAGAUCUACGGUCUUGACUGGAAUAGAGUUCGACCUGGCGCCCUUGUAACCUGCUCGCUGGACAAAACUAUCAAGUUCUGGGAUUAUACUGUCGAAUGCGAAGUACCCGAAAAGCUCAUCAAAACCCCAUUUCCUGUAUGGCGUGCAAGAAAUACCCCCUUCGGCUGGGGCGUAUUGGCAAUGCCUCAAAGGGGUAAUAGUGAUCUUCACCUGUAUAGUCGCAGGGUUGCGGAAGAUAGCGGCGCUGGUUCAGACUUACCGUUGGUCCAUAGCUUUCCAGGCCACAAAGGCCAGGUGAAAGAGUUUCUUUGGAGAGCCCGGGGUGGUGUGUCGGAUGGGGUCGACCACCGCGAAUUUCAGCUAGUAACCUGGGGAACAGACAGGGAGCUUCGUUUACACCGCGUCGACCCAGAUAUUCUAAAGCGUGUCGGUUAUGAGAAAGGAAAAUCUUUUAUAUCUACCUUGAAUGUCACCCGCCGAGGUGCCGUUUACAAGAGCUUUCGUGACGAAAACACUGAACCCGAAUUUGAUGAAGUCGGGUCCCCCUUCUUACCCGGUCUUCAAUCUCCAAACCAAAGUUCAAUCUCAGGUGCCAAGGGCAUGACUACUAUCUCGAUGCCUUACUCGCGAGGUUGGACUCAAAGCGGCCAUUCUGAUCUCGGAGUCGGUAUGCGAGGUAGGUCCAGAUUCAGAGCCGAUACAAACCCGAUCACCUGGAUGCGUGGUGUCAAGAUAUCCGGAUGGGAUAUUGAAACACUCGGCGAUGAGAUCUCGCAUGUCGGCGAGAAAUUCACAAAGGUUGCCUUUGACUCCGUGGACGUUAAACAGCGGAAGGCGACUAUCUCUCUGCAUGGACCUUGGGCUCCGGACGGUAGCUCACUUUUUCUGAAAGUGGAUAUCAAAUUUCCUUCCGACUAUCCUAAAUCUUCUGUUCCCACAUUUGGGAUUCAAAAGACAGCUGCCGUUACCGAUCAACUGUCGACGAAGAUCAUCUCCGACAUGAUAAAAAUCGCAGAGACUUAUCUUUCUCGCCAACGUGGUUGUUUGGAAGGUGUCGUUCGGUAUCUUCUUGGCGAGAGUAGUCUGGAAGAUAGCGUUGCGUGGAUAAUGAGUGAAACUACAGAAACAGUCAAAUCUCCAAUCAAUGGUGUUCUCGGCGGAGAAGAAUCCAGUGAUGAGGACGAGGUCGGGUUGUCUCAUAGCCAGGAUCUGGGAAUGAGUUCGGAACUCCUGCUUCCAGUUAAUGCCAACGUUAUGGUCCCCGUGGCCAAGGCUUGUGGUGCACUCUGGGCGCCAGACGGUCGCUUGGUGUGCUUUUUCCCGCCCAAGCGAGAUAAGUCUAUCGAUGUUUUGGACGCCCUCGGCCUCAGGGAAAUGACCAGGCUGUCAAGAUCAGAUAAGGUUUUCGAGGGGUUUGGGCGUUUUCAGACAGGCUCUCCUGGACCGAAAAUAACGGGGACUAUUGCAAGCACUGAUGAUGGCGCUUCUGACUACUCGGACGACUCCUACGCUGAAUCAUCCAGUUCUUCAGGAUCAUCUGACAUCUUAUCCGGACUGCAAAGCCGCUUCCCAGCGCCACCGACAUGGCGUAGCGCUGGAAGUUUUGGGUUUCAUCGACCAAGAUCUACCGAUAAUUCGCAAAGGUCGACGGCCGGCGCUGUGACUGUGAAAUCCGAGGCCCCGUACAACAUCGUGUACAUAUACGACUUCAAUUAUCUCCUGCCAGCAAAGAAGGAACUUGCGAGCAAGUACCGUAUCUGCGGGAAAGGGACAGACGUCUGUGCACAUAACGCUGCCGUGGCUCUUGAUGCAGGCUAUCCGGACUUGGCUCAAGUUUGGGGCCUGGUUAAACUCAUCCUGCACAAUCAAACCACGGCCCUGCCUUAUCAAUCCUUGGAACUUUUUGAUCGUCGUGGUAUAUCAAGCACGCGGAAGGACAGUGCAGUUGACGUAAGCUACGAUCUAGCCAACCAUGACCAGUGUCAGCAAUUAGCGGCAAGUGGUGCUAUACAGUGGGGAGAUCAUCCUUUCGGGGGCCGCUGGCUGAUACCAGCACUCUUGAGCCAUUUUGAGCGGAUCGGUGAUAUUCAGAUGGUAGCGAUGCUAUCCUGUGUCCUCCAUGAAAUCAAUUCGGGACUACGCAAGGAUCAACGUCAGGAUAAAACCCCGUCCAAGCGUAUGGAGCAGCAUUCUUUUACUCUGGAUUUGUAUUCAGGCCAUACAACCACCUAUAGCAGAUCACAAGCAGUCACGCCGCUCACAGCUACGCCGAAAGAAAGCCAUACAACCCCCAUCACAUACGGCUCAGGGCGCUCCUCUUCCGAAUUGCUAAGAGUUGACUCAACACCCCCAUAUUCGACAGGCACAACACCUCCAUUGACAUCCAGAGCUACUACGGAUCGGAGGUUCCAUAGUCACAAUGUCUCUAUUGCAGCCUCCCCUGACCAGCAAUCCCAGCCGAGGAGCGGAUCUGGAUUUGGAUCGGUCCUAGCAUCGUCUCUUUCUCGAUCAUUUACAUUUGGACCAUCCUCUGCGUCUCCUCCCACCACCCUUUUAAACAAGAAAAAGGUCACCCCGAAUGGGAGUCCGAACACCGGACCUCCUGGUGUCUGGACCACUGGUGCCUUUGCUGGAAAACCAGUGUCUGCAGUCCCCGAUUACCUGACGGCAUCUAGUGCUGUGGCUUCACACACCCACUCUGAUACUGAAAGUGAAAGACCUGACCAAGCGGGAAAGAAGCCUGUGCGACUCAAGGUCAGUUUUAAGAACCUGGACUCGUUCGACAAUGAUGGCCACGCCCACAAUUCAUUUCUUGACCCCAGCAAAGAGAGGCUGUAUCAAUCAUACCGUACUGCAUACGCCGAUUUACUUUUCAUCUGGGAUCUCCCCGUGCAGCGUAGCGAGGUGCUGAAAAUUGGGGGGGCCACCGAUAGCCCCGGCAAGCGAGGAAAUAGGCACAGUUCUCGUGCGUCGCUGUCGCUUCCGUCCUCUGGCGCUAGAGCCUUGCUUCCUACCAUCCUUGAUUCGCAUGACCAGACUUUGGGGAUACAACGUCAUUGUCCGCAAUGUGGUGAACCUCUGCACCUGUCUAUAUUCUCUACCCCUAUUGCUGCAGGGCGGAAUUCGAAACAACGGACAAUCAAAACAAACACACCCGCUGUCGUGUGUCCCAAUUGCAAACCUUCGAAACCAAAGCCUGUCAAACUGCCCUGCGUGAUCUGCGGCGAGGUAGUGGAGGGGAUGCUUAUUCCAUGCCUGAGUUGUGGCCAUGUGUGCUGCUUCGAUUGCCAUCGCAUCUGGUUCUCGAAGAGCUACGAGUUGUCUGAGAAUGAACCCGGUGGUAACUCUACGCCUGGGAAGGGGGCUACUGACCAAGACUUCCAGCACUGUCCCAGUGGCUGCGGCUGCCGUUGCUCAGAACACGUUGUCAUCGAUCUCCCUGUCGGCUGGUUCGCCCCGUCUCCAGCAGACCCAGGGAAGGAGAAUAGCCAGCAGCCAUCAGUCAAACAUCGAAACCGGCGGCCUGAGAUCCGCCCUGUGGACCGAGCCGUUCCUGCCACCGGCCACCACGAAGAUGAACCGGAACCAUGGCAAGCAUCACCGUUCGCAUCCCUCGCGAAGGGGUUCGGAGGCGGGUUGAACCGGGGUCCGCCGCAGAGAGAAGAAAAGAGGAAACCACGCACUGGGCUCACUGCGGUCAACAGGAAGACACCCCUUAGCCAGGUGGAAACAAGAUAAUUGUGUAGUACAGGUAGUUUGUGUGGAUUUUGGAGUCUUUUUUGGGGGGGGGGUUUAUGCUUUUGGGCCAGUCACAAUGAUACCAU